AUGGCCGGAUAUCUCUUGCUUGUGAUCCCAAGCAUCCUCAUGAGCUUGCUGGUCUCCAGAGCGCCCUUCAUGAUGACUACCACGCCGCAGACGACGAGGCCCUGGGCCGACGGGCCCAUGAAGCUCAUUACGACGCCGCAGUACGAGACGAAAAAGACCGAUCUCUUCACGCUAGGCUCUACUCACAUGGCUUUGCUACACAAUUCCAUCUUGCGCGGUUAUAACUCCAUCUACCAGCAGGCGCCUUACAUCCAAGAGGCCGACAAGGCCGACUUCAUCGGGUACUCCCAGACUUGGUACAAGUUCGUCAAGUCCCACCACGAUGACGAAGAGGAGUCCCUCUUCACCAAGAUCGAGAACCUCUUGGACGACAAGAAUGUAUUUGCGGAGACGCACAAGGAGCACGAGUCAUUCCUGGGCGGCCUCGCCGAGUUCAACAAGUACCUGACGUCGCUGUCCUCGCCGUCCGACUUCUCCGGCGCCAAGCUGCUCGAAAUCAUGAAGGGGUUCCAGGAGCCGUUCGAGAACCACUUCCACAGCGAGAUCAGCACCAUCGCCGGUCUGGCGGCACACCCGAAGGCGCCGAAGGAGGGGACACCGGAGGCGGCGAACGCAAGCCUGACGUUCAAGACGUGGGGCAAGAGCACCGUCACCAAGGCGGGCACGGCGGACGUCGUGCCAUUCUUUUUGCUGAACCUGGACCGGACGGCCGAGGACGGGUUGUGGUCUAACUGGCCGCCAAUGCCGGCGCCGAUCAAGUGGGGUCUGAUCAACAUCGCGGGUGCGUGGCACUGGGGAUGGUGGAAGUUUGCUAGCUGCGACGCGGCCGGGCAACCUAGAGAGCUGUACGCGCUGCAGUCCUCCGGCACGGAGGACAAGACCAAGGCUGAACUGUAA